GCAAAUGCGUGUUCCAUAUAGACCAGCUAAGAACGCAUACGGCAACUUGGUAUAUGUUGGCUACUUUUAAGUGAGUUCCCACACUGGACAUAGCGUAGGCGGGGCGGUUCGGCAUCCGCAGAAGCUUCAUCGAGUCAACUUUUCAUCGCAGCCGGUGGUUUGCGACUUGACAUAGAAUCAAAAGCUUUUCACUGCACUUUGCGAUUAACAACAUCGCCUCGAUCAACACCGCCCAGAUCACACAAAACAAGAGAAGGAGAGAAAAUGAAGGAAACGGAGAUAGAGAAAGAUGGAAAAGGAGGGGGAGAUGCAACGAGUAAAACAGAAAAAGACCAGAGCUGGAUACCCAAGAUGAUCAAGAAGAGGGUGUGCACAACAUUUGUUGAAGAAUCCUUCAGUAAUGGAGCUCUGUGCCAGUGCGGGGGUGGGCGGGAGCUGCAUGGCUCUGUUGCCGUGGGUGAUUUUUUCGGUGCAGCCAUCAUGACUCAGUGGGAGAGCAGCCAGCACUCCUCUGAGUAUCCCACCGAUGCCUUCGGAGAGGUGGAGUUUGCUGGAGCAGGGAAGAGACACAGUCACUUCCUCCGCCUGUCCUGUGACACUGACCCACAGAUCGUGUACACCCUCAUGACUACGCACUGGGGGGUGCCCCCACCCAACCUGGUGGUGUCGGUGGUGGGCGGGGAUGGCAGGGAGAAGGUGAAGCCCUGGGUUCGAGAAGUGCUGAGACAGGGGCUUGUCAAGGCCGCACACAGCACAGGUGCGUGGAUUUUGACGGGAGGGCUACGAGAGGGCGUGGGCCGGUGUGUGGGAGAGGCUGUGAGAGACCACAGCACUGCUGCCUCGUCUCUCUCCCAAACUAAAGUCGUGGCGUUGGGAAUCGCCCCCUGGGGCCUUGUGCACAACAGGCAGCAGCUGGUCAACCCGCAGGGCAGUUUCCCAGCCAGGUAUUUUGUACAGAACACCUCCCGUGAUACCAGCUGUUUGGACAACCACUACCAGGCCUUCCUCCUGGUGGAUGACGGCAGCGUGGGCCGUAAGGGCGGCGAGAUGGAGUUCAGAGCCAAGCUGGAGGAAUUCAUCUCUCACCAGAGGACCGGGAUCUGGGGCAGUGGCAGUAUUGAGAUCCCUGUGCUCUGCAUGCUCGUUGCAGGACAUUCAGCCAUGUUGAAGCGAGUGGACCUCUCUCUGCAGAAGUUCACGCCCUGGCUGGUGCUGGCUGGGUCCGGGGGGGUAGCCGACCUGAUCUGCGAGGUCCUGAAGGACCUCUCAAGCUUGAACCUCCCCUCGCCAACCUCCGAGGCGGAGGGGGACGGGUCCAUCCUGGAGCUGAGGGACAGGGUCCGGGACAGGGUGAAGAGGUGCUAUCCCUCCAAGCCAGAGAAGGACAUAGACAGCAUGACUGACAGGGCCCUGAGUAUCUACCAGAACAGAGAACUGAUAAGAGUUUACAAUGCAGACCACGAGGGACCCGAUGACUUUGAUACUGUGCUGCUCAAAGCCUUGGUCAGAGCUAGUAAGAAGGUGUCCAACAGUGCCAGCGAGUACAUAGAAGAACUGAAGCUGGCUGUGGCAUGGAACAGAGUGGACAUCGCCAAGAGCGAGCUCUUCAACGGCGACAUCCUGUGGCGGUACGAGGACCUGGAGGACUCGAUGACCGAUGCCCUGGUGAACGAUAAGCCCCAGUUCGUGCGGCUCUUCACAGAGAACGGGCUGAACAUCCUGGACUACCUGUCGUACGCGCGGCUGGAGGAGCUGUACCGCUCGCUGGCCGACAGCUCGCUGGCCUACAAGCUGCUGCAGAAUCGACUGAAGGAGAGGCAGGACAUCUACGGCGGCCUCCCCAACAAUACCACCACCCCGCCCGACUCCUUCAUCCUCAAGGCUCCUGUCAGCACCCUGCAGGGAUCCAGCACCGCCAAAGACCUCAGCCUGUACGAGGUAUCCCGGCUGCUGUGGGACAUCAUGGGCGAUGUGUGCCAGCCAUUCUACUAUGUUCCUCUGGGACUGGAGCAUUCCACCAGCACCAGGAAAGCACUCAGGAUGGUGAAUAAAAUGCUGGUGGGUGAGUGCCCUUACCGGGACCAGCGCUGCCGCCACCCCUGGGCCUGCCUGUUCAUCUGGGCCGUUCUACAGAACCGCAGUGAGAUGGCCAUCUACUUCUGGGAGAUGGGGGGUGAGUCUGUGCUAAGCGCUCUCAGUGGCUGUAAGAUGCUGCGGGAGCUAUCCAGACUGGAGCUGGAGACUGCCACCAAGCUGUCCAUGAAGAAGCUGGCGCAGAGGUUCGAGAAUCUGGCACGGGAUGUGUUCAGUGAGUGCUACCAGAGUUGUGAGUCCCGGUCCUUCACCCUGCUGAUCAGGAAGUCCCGUGUGUGGGGUGAGGCUACCUGUCUGCAGAUGGCCAUCGCGGCAGACGCCCGCUACUUCUUCAGCCAUGACGGUGUGCAGUCUCUGUUGUCUCAGAUCUGGUGGGGAGACAUGUCGCAGACCACGGAUGUGUGGAAAUUCCUCAUUAAUUUCUUCCUGCCUCCUCUGAUCUACACUGACCUCAUUACCUUCAGGCAUCAAGAGGACGAUGACAUCCCGCUGGCCAAAGACUCGGACAGCCUGAACGAGGAGACCAUCCUCUCCCUAGCUGACAUCAUACAAACUGAGGAAGAUGCUGAAGAGUUUAAUACACUAAGGUCCAAAGCUAAAGGCUCCUCGACCUCCUCGAACACCAAGUCCCCGUUCGUGAUUUACCGAUGGAGGCAGUUCUGGUUUGCACCGGUCACUACGUUUCUGGGCAACGUGCUGAUGUACUUCCUCUUCCUCCUCCUGUUCGCCUACGUGCUGCUGGUGGACUUCAAAAAGGAGCAGCCCUCCAAUGCAGAGAUGGUGCUGUACUUCUGGGUGUUCACCAUGGUCUGCGAGGAGAUCCGUCAGUCGUUUUUCGUUGGGGGAACCAGUAUGUACCAGAGGAUGAUACAGUACAUCCAGGACAUCUGGAACAAAUGUGACAUCACCGCCAUCAGCCUCUUCAUCUUCGGCAUGUGCUGCAGAAUGUUCCAGCGGACCUUUGGGUUCGGCCGGUCGGUCUUAUGUAUCGACUUCAUGGUUUUCACCCUGAGGCUCAUUCACAUAUUCGCCGUUCACAAACAGUUGGGGCCCAAGAUCAUCAUAGUGGGCAAGAUGAUGAAGGACGCGUUCUUCUUCCUCUUCUUCCUGGUCGUUUGGCUCAUGGCAUAUGGAGUGGCCAAUCAGGCGCUGCUUUAUAGGUCUGAUAACCGCACUGAAUGGAUCCUGCGGAGGGUGUUCUACCGGCCCUAUCUUCACAUAUUUGGGCAGAUUCCCCUAGAUGAGUUAGAUGUGGUCAAGAAGGCAAAGGAACCUCAUUGUAAUAACAUUACGAUGAGGAUGUCAGACAAUCCUGAAGAACCCUGUUUGGACCCUGACACCAACUGGCUGGUCAUCAUCCUUCUGGUGAUCUACCUGCUGGUCGCCAAUAUCCUGCUGCUCAACCUUCUUAUCGCCAUGUUCAGUUACACAUUCUCUAAGAUCCAGGAGCGCAGCGACACCCACUGGAAGUUCCAGCGCUACAACCUGAUCGUGGAGUACCACUCCCGACCCUGCCUCGCCCCGCCCUUCAUCAUCCUGUCUCACAUCCACCUCUUCAUCAAACGCUUCAUCCGCAAGAUCGCCUCCGAAAAGAUCCAGCACUUUGUACUGGACCUUAAGGGCCUGAAGGCCAGCAGGCUGAUGACAUGGGAAUCCAUCCAGAAGGAGAACCACCUGUCUUCCCAGAACAAAACAAUGAGAGACAGCGACACUGAGAGACUCAGACGCACCUCCUUCAAGGUGGACGGUGUACUGAAGCAGAUUGCUGAGAUUCGUGAUCAUGAUCGAAGGCUGAAAAUUGUAGAAUCAGAGCUGGAGUACUGUUCCAGCGCCCUCUCCUGGAUGGUGGAGGCACUGUCUCAGAGUAACCUGAUCAAACCCACACGCCCUCCGCCAACGCCCAGAGAACCAUUAUUGGUAUCUCCAUAAGUUUGGUCGUGUCUGCUUAGACAGAACGGUGUGAACAGCACAGCACAGCAAAGAGGCAGAAGGGUGGGCAUCAUUUCAGCUUCUUUUUUAUUGAUUUUAAAUGUGAGCGCAUUCCUGCCAGCAGUUUUUAUUGACCUUUUAAAUAGACCUGUUAACAUGUACUUUUGCUUGUUUAUGCUGUUUAUUUCAUAUUUGCAAGAACUAUGGGUGGGGGGGAAAGGAGACAUGGUCAUAUAAACACACACACACACACACACACACACGUACACAACUCCCACGCACGCACACACACACAAGCACAAAUGGAAGCACGUAUGCACAGACAAACACACAGGGAAGCACGUACACAUAGACACACACACACUGACACACAUACAGGCACAUGCACGUACACUCUAUCUCUCUCUCACACACGCACACGCACACACACUCAGAAAUACACUCCCACACAUAACUGAGGAGACAUAUGCUGUGAUAUUGAAUGGCAGGGUGUGACAGAUAUAUACUCAGGGUCUAAGAGGAACACGAAUUCAACGACGUGAAGGAGAGUUGAGGCAUGUACAUAUUGAUUGAUAUCUUAAUGAAAGCUCCACUUAUACAAAAAAAACCCCACCUUGUGCUCCAUCUGAAUAAAGCUACUUCUGAAUGUGAAUAUAUUACACUGUAUUAAAAUAUGUAGUUUGUGUUCAUCUGGAUGUGUCUGCCUCUUCUGCUAAAUAAAGUAAUGUCAGUUUAUUCAAAA